CCGCGCAAUCAGAUGAACGCCGCGACACCGACUCUCGACUUAUCCCAUGUUUACGGCGGAAAUCUCAUGAAUAAUUCCUACUUAUUGAGGACUUUUACCGGAGGGCGAUUGCGUGGUUCGGCAGCGGCCGACGGCAGUACAAUACUACCGGUGGCAGAACUGCCCAGAGAUCAGGACUCUCUAGAUCUGACACAAUGCAGACCUCCACAGGAGAGGCCAUGGCUUACAUGCUUUCACAGCGGAGAUGGUAUCCGUAGUAAUCAGAAUCCAUUGGUCCAGUCGUUACACGUAUUGUUUCACAAUCGGCACAACCAACACGCCUCGGCUCUCGCCAAAGUGAACCCCCACUGGACCGAUGAAAUACUGUUUCAAGAGGCCAGGCGUAUAUUAAUAGCAGAAUACACUAAAAUAGUUUACGCCGAGUAUUUGCCGUCACUAUUGGGCAAAAAAGUGAUGGAUUACUACGACCUGGACGUGAGAGAGCACGGGUUCACCAAAUAUAACCCCAAACUGGACCCGUCGUCCAUACAGGCUGUGGGAGUGGCGGCACUACGUAUGGGUCACUCGCAGAUCGCAUCCCUCUUCCGAAUCAUUCAGAAAACACACGAUUCGUAUGCUUUCAAUCUGAGGGACAAAUUCUUUGACGUCUCCGACCUCUACGACGGACUCACGAGCGGUAUAGUGAAAGGAUUACUGGAGGACUCGGACAGAAAUGUGGAUCCGUUUAUUGUGACCGACGUUAAGGACUUUUUAUUCUUCAAUCCCCGACAACCGGGUGUUGUGGAUCUGCCGGCGAUUAAUAUAAACCGCGGUCGCGAUCACGGAGUGCCCGGUUAUGUCUAUUACUUGCAAUACUGUACGGGCGCUGCCAUUCAUAGCUGGUCUGAGUUAAGCAAAUUUAUCCCGGCUGAAAAUGUCAGAAAAUUGCAAUCACUUUACAAGAGUUACAAAGACAUAGAUCUGUUUGUCGGCGGUCUAUCGGAGUUUCAUUUGGACGGAUCUAUAUUGGGUCCGACGUUCACGUGUUUGAAUGCCAUUCAGUUUUAUCACUCGAAAUAUGGCGAUAGGUUUUACUUUGAACAUGGACACGAGUCCAGUGCCUUCUCUAGUGAGCAAUUAGAGUGCAUACGACAGACCACUUCUUUGGCCAACUUAUUGUGCAAAACAGCAAAUUUGGGUUCAAUUCAAGUGAACCCGAUGUUUAUCCCUUCGCAUUCAUCUAAUCCGAAGAUCUCGUGCCACAAAUUGCCGGACAUUGAUUACGAACUCUGGAGAGAUGUCGGAUCCUAUUUUAAAAAAUAACUUAAAUUAAUCACUCAAAUAAAUCUCUUAAAUUCUCAUUAAUAA